AUGGAAGCUACUCCACCUUCAAGUGAUCCAUACAAGUUCCUCAACAUUACACUUAACUCAGAUGGGUCUCUCACCAGACACCGUGAUUUUCCCAAAUUACCCCCAACAGAGCAAUCCAAAGACAUUCCUCUAAACCCAAACCACAAUACCUUCAUCAGAAUCUUCAAGCCCCGGAAUAUUCCGCCGGAAUCAAAACUUCCGAUCAUCGUUUACUUUCACGGCGGUGGAUUUAUCUUCUACAGUGCCGCUUCUGCUCCUUUUCAUGAAUCAUGCACGAAAAUGGCUGAUCGUCUUCAAACCCUAAUCCUCUCCGUCGAAUACCGUUUAGCUCCGGAACACCGUCUCCCGGCGGCGUACGACGACGCCGUCGAAGCGAUCUUUUGGCUCCGAGAUCAAGCUCGCGGCGCGAUCAACGGUGCAGAUUGCGACACGUGGCUAAAAGACAAUGUAGAUUUCUCGAAAUGCUUCCUCAUGGGUUCUAGCUCCGGUGGAAAUAUCGUCUACAACGCGGCGUUGCGCGUGGUGGAUACGGAUCUAUCUCCGGUUAAAAUCCAAGGGCUGAUAAUCAACCAAGCUUUUUUCGGUGGCGUUGAGCCGUCGGAUUCAGAGUCACGUCUCAAAGACGAUAGGAUCUGUCCGUUAACGGCGACUCAUUUGCUUUUGUCGCUUUGUUUACCGGACGGUGUAGAUCGUGACCACGUGUACAGUAAUCCGAUUAAAAGCAGUGGGCCCAAGGAGAUAGAGAAUAUGGGACGUUUUCCGUCGACUCUGAUUAACGGUUACGGUGGAGAUCCGUUAGUUGAUCGGCAGAGACACGUGGCGGAGAUGUUGAAGGCACGUGGAGUGCACGUGGAGACGAGGUUUGAUAAAGAUGGGUUUCAUGCUUGUGAGUUGUUUGAUCAGAACAAAGCUAAGGCUUUAUACGACGCCGUUGAGGCGUUUAUGAAGAGUUCAUCGACUGGUCCGACGUCAAACAUGUAG